AUGGCCAGUACCUACAACGGAUUCGUCUUUGAGGCGGUCAAUUAUGACGGAUCUGUCCAUAAAUGGGAUGAUAUGAGUAAAGCACCUCUAACUUUUGCUACCUUGAGGUAUGAUUCGGAAAAGAAGACUUUACAAGUGAGUCCGCCUUAAAAAUGAUAUCUGAUGUACUACCUACACAGUCGAAAACUAUAUUAACUCAAACUAAAACCAUUUAGGUGCUAGACCAACUUAAACUUCCAACCGAGCACGUUUACAUUGAUGUGAACAACGUAACUGAUGCUUUCAAUGUCAUACGUAGAAUGAAUGUCAGAGGAGCUCCUUUGAUUGCUACUGUAGCUCUACUUGGUCUAGCUAUUGAUCUUGAACAUAACCCAGAAUCCAAAACAGGACCAGUCUUGGAUUACAUAAAGAAAUCUUGUGAAUACUUGAAGCAGUCUAGACCAACAGCUGUCAACUUGACCAAUGAGAUUUUAGCAUUGUUCGAGUUUCUUAACAGUAUUGAAGGUGACAGUGAUGAUGACAUUAGGAAGAAGUGAGUUUUGUAAAAACAUUUUUAAGCCUUUCCAAUGCUCUAGCAGUCAUUUUGGGUCAAGAAUUUGAUAAAUAGAAAAGGCCUUUUCAAUACCCUUUUUUGUAAAUUGGGUAUACCCCUUUUUAUAGAGUACAGGACCGUUCUUUCGAACUUUACCAAGUGGAAAGAGAAGAGAACGACAAAUUGUUGCGAGAGUCUACAAUUUGUGUAGAACAUAAUGUACCCGAAAACGUUAAAGGAGGGAAACUAAAUGUCAUCACAAUCUGUAAUACUGGAGCUUUAGCGACUUCCUCGUUUGGCACAGCAUUGGGUACGUUUUGGAAAAAAAAACAAAUUUAUAACGAAAUAUGAACCUUUGAACUCUAUAUGGAUAUAUUACUCCAUUAUGACCAAAUUCCAGGUGUGAUCAAAGCUCUACACGACCGCAACCAUCUUGAAAAAGCUUACUGCCUCGAAACUCGACCUUAUCUUCAAGGAUCACGUUUGACAGCUUUCGAACUGUCAUCUCAAAAGAUCCCCCAUACAUUAAUCAGUGACAACAUGGCUGCUUAUCUUAUGAAGACCAAGCCUAUUCAUGCCGUGUUAGUUGGAGCCGAUCAGAUUGCUGCCAAUGGAGACACUGCUAACAAGAUUGGAACAUAUCAACUUGCUGUUAGUGCCAAACAUCAUGGAAUACCAUUUUAUGUUAUUGCACCUACCAGCUCCAUUAACUUUAGGAUCAAAAGUGGAGAUGAAAUCAAGGUAGAGGAAAGACCAGCUGAUGAGUUGAAGAAAAUUAAUGGUAGGUUUAAAUUUUUUAAACUAAUUCAAAUUUUUGAGUGACCAAAGUAAAUUUCACACUCUAAAACAACACAAAUGAAUUAUAGGCAAGUUAAUUGCCCCAGAAGAUACCCCAGUUUGGAAUCCAGCCUUUGACAUAACACCAAACGAACUGAUAAGCGCCAUAUUGACUGAAAAAGGAAAUUCCCUUCCCAAAGACUUGACAUUACUAGCAUGA